CCCGAAGCCGCACAUAACCAGGCCGCGUCACACGGCCGUCUUCCCCGUUCUCCCCCCGCCGCUCCCCCCUCUCUCCCCGCCGUCGCCGGCCCGCCCCCGCGGCGCAAGGCGGUGACCCUGCAGGACGAUCGGAGCCGCGUCGCUCUUCCGCCUCCUCCACCCUCCCCGGCGGCGAGCAGACCGAGAGGCGGAGGCCUCCCCCGGCAUCGCCCGCCAUGUUGCGCCGGUGCGUGCGGGAUCUGUACCCGCUGCGGUCCCUCCGGAGGAUCCCCAGGCCGAUCUCCGGCGAGGCCCAAAGUCCAACAUUCCUGCAAUCCAGAAGAAACUCAACAAAAGCACCCCAACAGGGUUCAGCACAGAAAUCUGUCCCUGGACCUAAAGAAGAACCUUCUCAGUCUGGAAGCAAGUUUCCAAAGUUUGUGCUUGGAACUCUGGUUGUUGGUGCUGCUGGUAUGGCUGCUUAUCAAGCUGGCUACAUAGACCUUCCGUUUAUGGAUGAAAAAUUGCCUUCGACCAUCAGGGAGCAAAAUUUCACAAAGAUGUAUGAAAAUAUGAAGUCCCCUUUUGAACAAAAGGUUGAUCAGAAACAAACCAUGUUGGAUCCAAGCAAUGGCAUUGUUCAGGAUAAACCUAAGGACCUUCCAGCUGAAGGGAUUCCAACUGCUGGCGAGCAGCCUACUCCUGCAGAAGAAAAAGAAACAGAAACUGUCACCCAGGGAACACUGCCAGUUCAAGAUGAGCGUGGAGCUGAUACUAAACUGCCGUCUCAAGAUACUCUCUCUUUUGACAUAAAGCCCACUGUUGUAAAUGAUGGGGCAGCCGGUGAAGUUCCUCCUGGACAAGCUGACAAGAUAAGUAGCACAGUUUCUCCAGUAGAAUCAAGCCCAACAACGGCUGAAGUACAAAAGGAUCCAUUAGGUGCUGAUGUAGGUGAACAGAAAUCUCUUGCUGAGACAUAUUUACUACAAGUGGAACAUGAUAUUCCUAAAGACGAGAGUGCUAAGGAGACUAGAAGUGAUGGCGUUGUUGGUGUAAAAGCUUAUGAUGAUGGGAAACUUAUGCUGGAUAUUAUAGAUGCUAUUCAUGCCGCUGAAAAAAAGCAGGCCGAUACAGAUGCUUACAUGUAUUCUGAAGAGAAAAGGAAGUUGAAGGAAAGAUAUGAAAAGGAGCUGAAGGACACCAGGGCCCGGGAGCUCAUGUAUGCUGAAGAGGCAGCAAUUCUGGAUAAGGAGCUGAAGAAAGAGAAAAUAAAGGCUGCUGCUGCAGUUAAAGAACUUCAAGAAAAAACUGAACAAAAGUUGGUGGAUGAGCUGCAGCGGAAGGAUGAGGAAGCAAGUCAACAAGUUGAGAAGGUACAAGAGUUGGCAAAAGCCGAACUGGCCGCAGCUCUUGCAAAGGAGAAAGCAUCCCAGAUCGAACAGAUUGCUGAAGCAGAUAUCAAUAUAGAUGCUUUGUGCAUGGCAUUCUAUGCGCGAUCUGAAGAAGCUCGGCAGAGCCAUUCUGUUCAUAAGCUUGCUCUAGGCACUCUUGCUUUUGAAGAAGCUCUAUCCAGCGGCUCACCUAUCCGGACAGAGGUUGAUCAAUUGCGUAAAUCUCUUGAAGGCAUUGACAAAGAUUCACUGUUAGAUUUGGCUCUUUCAUCGCUGCCAGAAGAUGUUCUCGAUCAUGGAUCAGAUACCCGGAUGGAGUUAAAGCAGAAGUUUAAUUCCUUGAAGGAAACAAUCAGACAUUUCAGUCUUAUACCACCAGGUGGCGGUGGUAUGCUGACACAUGCUGUUGCUCGUGCUGCUUCUAAAAUCAAGGUCAAAGAGGACCAAUCUGGAGAUGGUGUUGAGGCUCUCAUAAGCAGAGUGGAAGACUUGAUUGUAGGAGGAGACUUGAGCGCAGCAGCCGACGCCCUGACAGGAGGGUUGCUGGGGACCGCAGCGGAGGAAGCAGCUACCGAGUGGGUGAAGCAGGCAAGGAAACGCGCGAUUGCAGAGCAGACACUUACCCUGCUCCACUCGUAUGCUUCUUCGAUUACAUUCUCGUGAUCCCGAUCAUCGAUUGAUCUUUUUCUUCUUCUUCUAUUUGGCGAGAUUUACAUGCCGGCGUUGCAGAUUUACGAUACUCACAUGUUUCGCUAUACCAUGUCACAAAUGCAUGGUCCUUGUAAACAAAGAUAAUAAAUUUUGCCGUGUAGCUACUUGGUACCGCGUGAUACUCUAGCCGCCAGACAAGUUUGGGUAGAUAUGUAAACCCUUUUUCUUUUUGCUGAAGAUGUGACAUUCUCGCAGCAACAAUGCAACCAUGAUAUCUUGUGGA